CAUAAUUCAAACGGUUUCUGCACUAGACCGUACUACAGUUCAAGCGCUUCAGGGUUGAAGAGAUUAGUUAAAAAUUAUCGAAUAGCAUUUCAAUGAUUUUUGGCACCAAUGGAACCUCCAUCGCCGGCACAGCCGCCGCAGUAUCUAGUUCUGCCCAGGCAAAGUGAGCUCUCUUCGGGCCAAAUAGAGUUUCUGAACCAACAUUUGAGGACCCAUGAAGAUCUUAGCUCCAAAGCUCCACUUCUCUUAACCGAUUUGACAGAUAACUUCGCUGACUUGGAAGCCAAUAUCCUGAACCUGCAGAGAAAUCUGAUGAAGCGUACCGUUUCAUGGAUAUGUCGCUCGUUUGGAGCCAAAUCAUCCCUUGCCAAUCUUAAUUUCAAGUUGGAGAAUCUCAGUCUUCAAACCUCCCAUUAUGGGAUCUGUUCGAAAAUUCAGAAAGUUCUGUGUGAAGAGCUAACUCAACUUGCCAAAUGCCUCAAACGAAUUGAAAAUAUUCGAGAAUAUGUGGAUACUGCCUUACAGUUGGAAGCUUUGGUUGGGGAUCUUGAGGAUGCAAUUUACUCUGUUGGAGAUUGCUAUGCCAGGAAUAUGUUUUCGACAAAGAUUUUUACUUCACUGAUAUCAACGGACUUUGAGACAAAGCAAGAGAGACUACUUAGAGCCAUAAAAGGGAUGAACAACAUUGAGGAUGUAUUGGUUGAUGUUGUGAAAUUUCAUCCUCAAUGGUCUCAUCUUUUGGAAUCUGUCGAUAUCAGAGUAGAUAAAAUCUUAGCCAUUGUUCGGCCUCAAAUUCUUGCUGAUCACCGAGCUCUUCUUGGUUCUUUAGGCUGGCCACCUAAACUUUUGACAUUGAAAGUUGAUAGUGGAGAAAGUGCCAGCUUUCCAAAUCCACUUGUUUUGAUGGAAGGAGAAAAAAGAAAGUAUUAUUCACAGAGUUUUCUAGGUCUUUGCACUUUGCAGCAUCUGCAGACACGGAGGGAAGAUCGACAACAUAACAUUUUUGGACGAAAGGAGUGCUUCAUGAAGUUUUGGGCCAUCGAUGAACUGGUUUCUCCCAUUGCAUCCAGAAUGGAACACCACUUCUCUAAAUGGGCUGAACAGCCUGAAUUCAUGUUUGCACUUGUGUAUAAGAUUACAAGAGACUUUAUUGUGGGAGUGGAUGAUGUUUUGCAACCUUUGAUUGACAGAGCAAGAUUGACGAGUUACAGUGCUAGAGAAGCUUGGGUUUCUGCCAUGGUCCAGAUGCUUUCUGGGUUUUUGGCAAGAGGUGUUGUUUCUGUUCUCGCUGAAAGGUACAAGGAGAAACACAUGAAAUCGGAAGUUAUAUCGUCGUGGCUUCAUUUGAUAGAUCAUGCUGUUGCUUUUGAUAAACGGAUGCAAUUGCUUGUAAGUUCAGAAAUUCAUUUCUUUGAGGAAUCUAAAAGCUAUGACUCUAGAUGUCUCUCAGUAUUAAUGAUAUUUUGUGAUAGGCCAGAUUGGCUCAAGAUUUGGACUAAAAUAGAGCUCAAGGAUGCUUGGAAGAGACUAAAACUUGAACUGAAAGAUGAAAGAGUUUGGUCAAUUGACAAGAAUUCUAGAACUGACUUUCCAAUUGGUGCAGAAACUGUGCAAUUUUUACUUGCCACUAGAGAAGAUUAUAAAGCUCCAUUAGUAACAGAAUCUGCACUUAAAAUCACCUGGGAAAUGAUUGAACGCUGUGGAACUCUGCCUGCUGUUUUACCACGGGUUAGAUUUAUCAGAUCAACAUCUGCAAGAUUCCUCUGGCAUUUUCUUAAUGUAUUGGCAUUGCGAUGCAAGAACACUGAGUUCCUUCUGGAUAACUCAAAUGAUGCCUUAAUCAAAGUGUGUGGAUCGAUUAAUGCUGCUAGAUACAUUGAAUCUAAGCUGCAAGAGUGGAGCGAUGAUGUUAACUUCUUGGAAUUAAGAAUUGCUGAGAGGGAUUUAGAAAUUAAUGGAAACCAUGAUGGGGUUGACAAUAAUAGCUUCUUUGGCGAAGAAGUUAAGAGUCUGUUAGAGCUCAACACUAAUUGGCUUAUGGACAUAAUUUCUUUUCUCCUUCAUCAAUUUGAAGAACUUUCCUGGGAAUAUCUGCAAAACAAAGGAUAUUUCAAGCAACAACAAGAAAAUUUUACUUCAAACAGCAUUCCUGCUAACAUGGAAUUAUCUGUAUCCAUUGAUAUUGUGGAAGCUCUGGAUGCUAUCAAAACUCAGUUAGACCUUCUGAAGUUGAAUCUUAAUAAAAAAGACUUCUUGGAUUUGUGGAGAAGCGUAGCUGACGGGCUUGAUCAAUUCAUUGUGAGUAGCAUAUCAACAAGUGAUAUUCAAUUUUCUAGUUGGGGGAUUAAUCAGUUUGAAGCUGAUAUGCAGAAACUGUUCCUAGUCUUUCAACCAUAUUGUGCUCGCCCUGAAGCAUUUUUGCCCUGUAUUAAGGAGACUCUUAAGCUGUUAACAAUGUGUGAGGCAGAGGCAAACUAUUUGCAAGUAGUUGCAUCAAAUGAUGAAAAUCGAACAAAAUGCUUGCGUUCUUUUGGAAUUUUGCACUUAUCUUUUGAUCAAGUUGAUAAAAUUUUAAGGAACAGAAAGUUUGAAACUUGAUCUUAGUCA